AUGGAUUCAGAGAAGAACGUAGAAAGAGGUAGAAAAACACAUAAGGAAGGAAUUUCUGAAAGAGUUGGAAUUGUUGGAAGAAAAAUUAGCGAUAUGGAUAAAAUUAUACCUUCAAAGGAACAUAUUGAAGAGGGGCUGGCUCCCAGUGAGGGAGAAUUAGCAAUUGUUUAUCAUGAUACUCCAGCUGGCUCUACUCAACAUAUUGUUACAAAAUCUCCAAAUAUAUCACCUGUAAAACAAGAAGAAUCCAGUUUAUUGGGUAAUCAAUCUUUUCAAAAUUAUAUCAACCCACACAGCUUGUACAGUCCUGUAUAUACUAGUAGCCAAAUUGGAGGUGAAUAUGCAUUCCCUAAAGUGAAAUUCUCAAGUCUAAUCUUUCCAUGGUCUGCGUUUCUAGCUGUAAUUAUCUCAUAUGUACUUUCAAGCUUCUCAUGGUAUUAUCUUUUUUACAAUGAUGACUAUAGAUUGGUAUUGGCGCCUUUUGUUACUUCCUCUAUUGUAUGCUUUUUUGAAUCCCCUGUAAUGCUCGCAAAAUAUUUAUUUAGGAAAAUGAGAAAAUCAUUGAUAUGGAAAUUAAUUCCGAUGGGAAGCAUGGUGUUUCAUUCUCUUCUCUUAUUAAUUUCAUCAGUCCCCAUCAAUUUAUUAUACUGCAGUUAUAUUCUUAAUAAGGGAGAUCCAUCUCAAAUAUUUAGUUUACCUUUACAUUAUUUGAUUUUGGCGGGAAUUCAGUCCUUGUAUAUAUUUCCAUGCAUUUUAUUUUUAGUUGCACAUUCCAGAUUUGAAUCCCAAAUACUAAAAGAUAGAACAGAAUAUGACCACUGGUGA